GAUUUUUUUGGGAAGAUGAGGACACGGAAAAAUCCCUGCCCGGGAGAUAAAGUUUGGCUGGAAAAGCCCAAAUCCGAGGAAUCCGAGCGGGAAGCGGCGCCGGAUCCCGAGGGAUCCCAAAUCAACGGGAUCUGCCCCGAGGAAUCCGCGGAAUUCAAGGGAGACCUGAAGAAAUCCCGGAAUGGCAAGAAACAGCGGAAAAGGAAGCGCUCGCCCAAGGCCAGGAAUGCGGAUUCCAAGCUGGAAUUCCUGUUGGGAAUGUCGGCCGAGCGCGUGUGGUUCGACAAACCCUUGUACGACCGGGCCGAGAACGUCUACCGGAAAAAACUCAUGGAAUCCUGGAGCGGGGAAGCGCCGGAGACCGAACGAAUCCCGGAGGAAUUCCCGCCGGCUCCCGGGGCGAAAUCCAACCACGACAUUCCCAAAGCCAAAGGAAUCUGCUCCCACGGGAAUCUGGCCGCCUGUCACCACGUGAUCCAAGGGGUUUGGCUCAACAAGCUGGAUUUCGAUAAAGCCGAGGGAACGUUCAUGGAAAAAUCCCGGUUUUUCCUUCCUCCCGACGUCCUGAGCAUCCCGACGCCGCGCUGGAAUUCCGGGUUGGGAACGCCGGACGAGGGUUACGGCACCGCUCUGCCCACUCCGGCCACGCCCGGUCUGGCUCUGCUUAUUCCCGACUCCGGCAUUCCCGGUUUUCCGGGCUUGGAGGAGCGGCCGCCGGUGAACGGCAAACCCCAGUUUUCCAACCGGGAAGCGCUGGCGUCGGAAGUGUGGCUGGAAAAGCCUCGUUACGACGCCGCCGAGAAGAGCUUCUACGAACGGAUGUUCGCCGGGAAAAACCCGGAAAAGAACAGGAAAACCGGGAAUCGCCGACCGGGAAGCGGCGCCGAACCCGCGAUUCCCGGAAUUCCCGAGGAUAUUCCCGCCUGCUUUUUCCUACACCGGGACAGCGAAGCCGGGUGGCUCCAUAAGUCGUCCUACGACAGAGCCGAAUCCCGGUUUUUCGCCCUGGAAGCUUCCAGAGCCUCAGAAAUUCGGGAAUCUCCUUUGGGAAAUCCUUCCCCGCCCCUCCCGGCUCCGGGAACGAAGUUUUUCCAAGGAAAAUGUGGGUUCUUUCCACACUUUUUGCAGGAGAACGGAGCCAGCACCAUCCUGCGGGACAUCGCCAGAGCCAGGGAGAACAUCCAGAAAUCCCUGGAAGGGAGCUCCGGAGCCGCCGGCGACCAGACCGAGCUCCUGGCCCGGAUUUCCCACCUGGAGGUGGAAAACCAAAACCUCCGCAGCGUGGUUUCCGACCUGCAAAUGGCCAUCUUCAAGCUGGAGAGCCGCCUGAACGCCCUGGAAAAAUCCUCCUCCGGCUCCCACCAACCUUCUCCCGUCCCUCCCACCCAGAAAGUGGAGCCUUUCAGCGUUCCCUCGAAAAAAGUGGAGCUCCCGGCCAAGAAAUCGGAGCCGGCGGCGGCGGCCGAGGAGGACGACGACGACGACAUCGACCUUUUCGGGAGCGACGACGAGCAGGAAGACCAGGAAGCGGCCAAAGUUCGGGAAGAGCGGCUCCGGCAGUACGCGGAAAAGAAGGCCAAGAAACCGGGAAUCGUCGCCAAGUCCUCCAUCCUCCUGGAUGUGAAGCCGUGGGAUGAUGAGACGGACAUGGCCAAGCUGGAGGAAUGUGUCCGUUCCAUCCACAUGGAUGGGCUGCUCUGGGGAGCUUCCAAGCUCGUCCCGGUGGGAUACGGGAUCAAGAAGCUCCAGAUCCAGUGCGUGGUGGAGGACGAAAAAGUGGGAACGGACAUCCUGGAAGAGGAGAUCACCAAGUUCGAGGAUUACGUGCAGAGCGUGGACAUCGCCGCCUUCAACAAGAUUUAGGUG